CUCAGUAAGAACUCGGUCGGUUGGUGUUCUAUUUCGUCCAGAUGAUUCCAACGAGGACCAUGAAGAAUUGCGGGCUAAAUAUGGAAACCACCUAUUCUAAGGGACUAUUUGUGUAAUUUACUCAUUUGAGAAGAUUGAACGCCAACUUUUACUUAAAUCGUGAAGACUGAAUGCUUAUAGAGUGGACUGAAUGCAUCCCGCCAGAAGAGAAGAAGAAAGAUUGCUAGGAAAGAGAUGUGACGGCGUUGAUGAGGAGAGGAGAAGAGCCGCUGCAAACAGACUCAUACAAACAAUCCCUUCUCAGCUUUGCUGUUCCCCAUGGACUGGGGUGGGACCCCUCCGACUCCGACUCGAUUUGCAGCUCUUGGCCCGGGGUGACCUGCAAUUCAGACCGAAGCCGGGUCGCCCGACUCCAACUACCCGGAUUCGGGCUCUGCGGGUCCAUACCCGAAAACACAACGAUAGCAAGACUGGAUGCGCUCGAGGUUCUUCACCUCGAGAACAACUUCCUGACCGGCCCGAUCCCGCCCGGUCUCGACCGCCUGAUCCCGAAUCUCAAGAGCCUGAACCUGAGCAACAACGGAUUCAGCGGGCCCGUCCCACCGUCUCUCCUCAAAGGGUUCCCUCCUUCGUCGUUCGGAGGGAACCCUCUGCUGGCGGCGAGCGGGAUGCCGCCGCCGGAAGUGGCGAUCCGCCGUAUGUCGUCGUCGCCGUCAUCGGGUUCAAAGAAAAAGAAAAUUAGGGCAUCGGAAUGGGUUCUCUGGCUGCUUGUUGUUUUUUCGGUUUGGGUAGCUAUUUUCCUUUGUAGUAAGUGGCUGGAGAUUAGGUCCAGGCCU